AUGGCGAUUGCAGUUCCAGACGGAGGCGGCGGAGGCAUCAACGUCCAUGGAGGCAGCGGCGGAGGCAUUGACGUCCAUGGAGGCGGCAGGGGUGGAACGACUGGAGGAGGAGUAGCUGGCGGUGGAGCUAAGACCGGCGGAAGAGUGAGAAAAUCAGAAACUACUGUUGACAUUCCGGUAACCCAAGAUCUCAGGAGAAACGUAAUUUACCCUUUUAUUCUAAUACAUUUGCAAGUUGGAUCUCCUGCAUACAGAUUACAGAGUACUCCUAUAUCACAACAACUUAAAGGACUUCCCUUCUGCACGAAGCAUUGCAUACUCAUUGCAGAAAACAAGAAUUAA